UACAAUACAGAAGAGAAUUUUUCUAUUAAUAUUAUUUAUAGAAAUAUAUAUUUGUAUAUAUUAAUUUAGAACAUUGAGUGGUUAGAUCUUCAUACGAAUGCGCUUAUGAUCCUUCGAUUUGCCUGUGACAAUCCUACUACAGUUGAAUAUUUCAAUGAUAUUGGUGGUAUCAAACAGAUAUUAAAAUAUAUAGAAGAUACAUCACAUUCGAAACUUUUCAAACAAGUUCUGGAUAUAGCUGUUUGUUUAUCGCAUACAUCUAGGGGUAGAAAAAUGCUGCACAUGUACGGUAUCGUCGAUUAUUUGUUACAUACGUUAUUUGGUAACGUGCAAGAAAUGUACGAAACCAGUUGUCACGGUAUCGGUAUGAUGACUCUAUACAGUCGAGCAGCUAAAGAUUUAACUACGAGCAAUUGCGUGAAAACCAUUCUAGAUGUGCUGAAAAAUGACAAUUUGAACUGGUCUGCUAGACAAGCAGCUUUAUUUGCUUUAAAUUCUUUGAUGAAAUGUGAUAUAAAGAAUUGUGAGGAUUUCUUAACUAUUCAAGGACAGAAUUAUUUAUUGUGGCUGAUGAAACAAACAAUAGGAAAAGUUCCAGUUGAAAUUUUAGUUGAUACUGUAGAUUGCCUUAUUUCAAUAGCAAGAAAUCAAGUAUUGAGAGAUAUUAUUAUUAACACGGAUAUCAUUGAGGCUAUGUGUGCAUCUUUCGAGUUAACCUGUAUAUCGAUGGACGAUUUCAAAAUCGCCUGUUGUAAAGCUCUAUCCAUGAUGUGUCUAGAGGAGAAGGGAAGACAAGAAUUUUUAAAGAUCGAAGGCCCCAAAAGAUUAUAUAAUCUGUUAUGUGACAUCAAAUCGAUUCCAAUAAGAAACGCAGCUGCUCAAUUGAUUCAAUUGUUAUGCGCGGAUCCGGUUCUGGCAAAUGCUUUUGUUUCAGCUAGAUUCUUGAAUUAGUGAGGCUUAAAAAAAAAAAA